UCCCACGAAGACGAAGAGAAAGAGAGCGCUACAAAAGGGGAGGAAGGCCACCGAGAGGUAGCAGCUACAACUUCCCGCGACCGCGCACACCUCAAUCCAAACCCAUCGCUUCGCCUCUCCGGCAGCAGCAGUAGCAGAGGAUGGCCAAGGAAGGAGCGGGUGGAGGGCCCGACUGGAACGGCCUGCUCAAGUGGAGCCUCGCCCACGGCGGCGACGGCACCACCCCGUCGCGCGUGCUCAGCGAGGAGGACAGGAAAUGGUUCAUGGAGGCGAUGCAGGCGAACACAGUCGACGUAGUCGGCAGGAUGAAGGAGAUCGCCCAGGUGAUGAAGACCCCUGAUGAUGUGCUGCAGUCUCACGGCGUGACUACAGAGAACAUUGAAGAUAUGUUGGAUGAGUUACAAGAGCACGUGGAGUCCAUUGAUAUGGCAAAUGAUCUUCAUUCUAUUGGUGGAUUAGAUCCUCUACUUGGUUACUUAAAAAAUUCACAUGCUGGCAUCCGAGCAAAGGCAGCAGAAGUUGUGAGUACAGUUGUGCAGAAUAACCCGAAAAGCCAGCAACUUGUCAUGGAAUCUAAUGGACUGGAGCCACUGUUGACAAACUUCAGGUCUGAUCCUAGCAUGAAUGCACGCACCAAAGCUCUCGGAGCUAUAUCUUCUCUCAUUCGCAAUAACCAGCCUGGACUUGCUGCGUUUCGCCUAGGAAAUGGCUAUGCUGCUCUGAAAGAUGCACUUGGUUCUGAUGAUGCUAGACUUCAGAGGAAAGCUCUGCAUCUCACACAGUACCUGCUGGACAACAAGGCGGACAGGAACGUUGCUGUAGAGCUUGGUCUUCCUAAUCUUAUGGUGCACCUCGCAUCCAGUGAUGAUUCUGGAGUCCGAGAGGCUGCCUUAGGCGGCCUUCUUCAGCUGGCGCGGGACAGAACAUCGGCUGCAGGCAACACUCUACCUAAUCAAGACAAGCUGAAGGACAUCCUCAGGAGCCGAAUCGAAGGCAUCAGCGCCAUGGACGCUGACGACCUCCAAGCAGCCCGUGAGGAGCGACAACUUGUGGACUCCCUCUGGAAGGAAUGCUACGAUGAGCCAUCAUCUCUCAGGGAGAAGGGCCUCGUGGUGCUUCCUGGGGAGGACGCACCACAGCAGCCGCCACCAGAUGUUGCAGGUAAAAUGUUUGAGCCGCCACUCCGGGCAUUUGCUGCACCGAGGCCUGCUCUAACGGAAGACUCCGAUUCGGGUAGUGGGAAGAAGGAUCCACCUUUGCUCCUAGGCCCAUAAGUCUGUGACCAUCUCCAACUCUCCCAGCUCCAUCUUGUUGGACUUCAUAGAACCUAUUGGAACCCUGCCUGAGAGUAGGCAUGUUAGAAGUUGGAACUUCGAUAAUUCUGCGUGUACAACUCUUUAGCGUUUUAUGCCCCUUGUACUACUGAUCAGUUAUGUGGUUGAUGCGAAUGUUUUGCUUCUA